AUGUACUGCAUAUUGCUUUUAAACAUUCAUUACAAUCAUAAAAAUCAUGGGCAUCACCUUUUAGCUCAUAUAAACAGUGGAUUUCUGCUGUUGUGGGCCUUUAACCGUCUGUCUGACUUUGUUGUUCACACAGGAGAGAGACUUGACUAUCGUGGAUCCUCUGGAGAGCCUCAACAACCUCAUGGUGCUGACGAGGCAGAGAAGAGUCUCUCCAGAUCAGAACACCUCAAGAAACACCAGCAGAAACCCACAAGGAAGAAAUCUCACCACUGCUCUGACUGUGGGAAGAGAUUCACCUCUUCAACAGACCUUAAAAGACAUCAGAGAAUCCAUACAGGAGAGAAACCAUAUAGCUGUGAUCGGUGUGGGAAGAGUUUUACUACAUCUAGCCAGCUGACUAUACACCAGAGAAUACACACAGGAGAGAAACCUUACCACUGCGCUGACUGUGGAACAAGUUUUGUUUCUUCCCAAUAUUUAAAAUCACACAAGAGAACACACACAAUAGCGAAACCUUUCCACUGCUCUGACUGUGGGAAGUGUUUUGUUUCGUCACAAUAUUUAAAAUCACACCAGAAAACACACACAGGAGAGAAGCCUUAUAGCUGUGAUCAAUGUGGGAAGAGAUUUAGUCACUCAAGCAACCUGAUGGUACAUUUGAGAACGCACACUGGAGAGAAACCUUAUUGCUGUGAUCAAUGCGGGAAGAGUUUUACUUCAUCUAGCCAGCUGACUAUACACAAGAGAACACACACAGGAGAUAAACCGUACCACUGCUCUGACUGUGGAAAGAGUUUUGUUUCGUCCCAAUAUUUAAAAUCACACCAGAAAACACACAAAGGAGAGAAGCCUUAUAGCUGUGAUCAAUGUGGGAGGAGUUUUACUCACUCAAGCAACAUGAUAUCACACCAGAGAACACACACAGGAGAGAAACCUUAUAGCUGUGAUCAAUGUGGGAAGAGGUUUACUCAGCCAAAUAUCCUGAUAGCCCACCAGGAAACACACACAGGAGAGAAAUCUUAUAGCUGUGAUUGCUGUGGCAAGAAUUAUGCUGGUAAAAGAGCUCUGAUUAAACAUCAGAAAAUACAUGCAUGAACGAGUUGUUACAUGAUAUCAAUGAAAUAAUGUAGAAUGUUUUAACAUUGUAGUAGGAGUAUUUUAAUGAUGUCACAAUGUGGAACCCUAAACGUUUGUCCCCUGUUCUAUUGAUUUCAGCAUGAUAUGGAUAUUACCCUCAUUGGAAAAAUACAGGCUCUGAAAUGGAAGAGUACUAUUUAUGUGAUUAACAUAAACACAAAUGAAGUGUUGUGUUUCACUUCCCGCGUUUGCGACCUACUUGAAUCAAACUGCAACACUUUAAAAUGUAGCUUACUGUCUUCUGCAGGUUGUCCUCUAACCAGUGAGGUAAAAGAUAUCUCCCAUGUCCAUGUGUUUGUUUUAGUUGUUAGUUUCAACAGCACGUACAACCUGAUUUCUCCCCUACUUGAUAUCAGUGAUUUAUUGCUACUUGUCAAAACAACAGUGUUUUUGGUCCUUGUGCAAUGUAUAAGGUGCUCGUUUAAAAAAAUAUAAGUAAUAUGAUUACUAUUGUGUUUGUGUAGAUAGUACAUUUUAUGUUUAGGUUUUCAAUAUAUCACAAACCAUUUCUGCAUAUUGGUUAUUGAUUUGGACAAGUUAAAACUGUUUUGACAUUGGGCUAUCCCACCUAGGAAAAUGUUGUUGAAAAGACGUUGAAAAUAAUAAGCCCGACGUCCAAUCUACGUUCGGUUGUUGAAAAUACUUAUUUUUCAGGUCAAUGACUUCAAAGCAACUCAAUUUCAACGUACUUGCAUUCUAUGCAUAUGGAUGCAAUAUAAAAAAAAUGAACUUGGACUAACUGAUUAACAAUUUUAUUAACAAGAACAGUUUUAUUAACAAUGAACAGUUUUAUUAACAAUCCUACAACACUCCAGUAUUUCUUUACAACAUUCAACUGCUAAUUGUCUUUAUUCCACUACUGAAGAAGCAUGACUCAAAUCACCUCAUAUUU